AUGACCAGAGCGCCAAAAAAAGACUUCGGUUUUCGUGCCGACAUCGUACACCUACACGAGCCCUACUUGGGCAACGUCAACAAAACAUGCCGAAGAAACAAGCAUCUCCAGCAUCUCUCGGAUGUUUCUGCGAUAACAGGUCACGUCGAUGAAAAGUUUAGUGUCCCGGCCAAGCACUUUGAGCUUGUCAUUAUCUCUGCCCCUCUGACUUCAACACCCGCAACCCCAAAGGAAGCAAUUUCGACUCUAAUUGUAACCAAAGUGAUGUUAUUAGGCAGACUGUUUAUCGCGUUCCAACUCUUGAGGCAUCACGGGCUUGCGCACCCACUUUCAGUUGCCGCCAAACCUCUGCCGAAGAGGUCAGUUUCAGCUGCUGACACAGUUAAAUUUAUUGAUGAGCCGGGAAUAGUCUUCGAGGAAGAUGUUCACGAGGUAGAGGACUCAAUUGGCGCGGGGCGCUUAGAGAAGCAAGAUCAACCAACAGGUCAACUAGAUAUUAUUGACCAAAGCAGUAUAGUCCAUCAACCAAGCCUAGGAAGUGGAAAAAGUAUCAAAUCUGCGUUGAAAAAAGCGCAAGUAAUAGAACGGGAACCCAAUUCUGAGAGACCGCGCAUCAUUCGAGCAGCUUUAGAUCUAAUUGACAAAUUUAUUUCUAAACCAGUCCCAAAGAAAAACGUUUCAUGGAAUCAAGUCAACCCACCAUCUUUGGAACCGGAGGAAGAAAAGAAUUUCCAGGGGAAUAGCCCCCCAAAAUUCAUAAAAUGCUACAUAAACAACAAAUGGAAAUGGCGCCAUUAUCUGGAUGUACGGCAUAAAGACCCAGAAUACAUAAGAGUCAAUACUGCAGAAGUUGGGAAAGUUGCAGGUCAUAAGAACAGCAAUAGUGAUAUUGUUGAAGAACAUACACAGAUAUUUAAAGAACCUCCAGAAAUGGAGAUCAUGCACAACAACAGAAUAAUCAGUGUACCUGCAGACUUCAGUUAUCCUCCUGAAGACAUAAUCUACCCUCCUCAAAUGGGAGAGUUCACUGAACAUUUGCCUCUUUCUCCCUUGGUUAGACUUUCAAAUGCAGCUUCAUUUCUAUUUGGUUUCAUGGUACCCAAGAUAGAUUGGAGAUUGAGAAUGAAAGAAGGGCAUUGGUUGAGGAAAUCUAACAUGGGUUUGACUGAGAAUGAAUCUGAGGAACAAUCAAAUCUUGAAAGAAAACGUAAGUUCAUUGAGACUGAAGGAAGGGAAGGGAGUUUGGAUGGAAUUGAAACACUCAAGGAUUCUGCUACAAAUCAAAGAUAUAAAUUGGGAGGAAUAGCCAAAGAUUUGUCUGAAGAAAGUAGCUCCUCUCAGUCUACCAUCAGAAGGAAGCUCACUCAUGACAAAUCUCAAGGAAAAUUUGGAAAUAAAGGGAAAGCAAAAAAGUAUUCAGGAUAUGUAAGGGAUUAUUAGAUACAUAUUGAGAUUUUUAAUUGACCAGAUCUGAUAAAGAUUUUAUGUAAUUUGUAGUCUUGAGGACUGUGAUUUUUUAAUCUGGGUGGCUGUUUGAUUUGAGGGGAAAAUUGUUUGAUAGAAAU